AUGGCUUCCAGCAUUCUAUCGCAAGGCAAAGAGAAGAUCCAAGAAGCAAUGAGCGCAAAGGACACAAAGGCUGCCCAGUUGGCCGCCAACACCAAAGAUGUUCACGACCCGAGCUACAGGAUAACGUCCGACUGGGGCACCAAGCAGUCCAACACAGACGACUGGUUGAAGGUCGCUACCGAGGACAAGACCGGUCCUAUGUUGUUGGAAGAUGGAUUUUCACGCGAAAAGAUCCAACGCUUCGAUCACGAGCGUAUUCCCGAACGUGUUGUCCAUGCACGAGGUGUCGGUGCCUUCGGAAAGUUCACCCUCUUUGAGUCUGCUGCAGACGUCACAUCCGCCAAGGUCCUCACGGAUACGUCCCGCGAGACACCCGUAUUCGUUCGAUUCUCCACUGUGCUUGGUAGCCGUGGCUCCGCAGACACCGUCCGCGAUGUCCGCGGGUUCGCUGUCAAGCACUACACAGAGGAGGGUAAUUGGGAUAUUGUUGGAAACAACAUUCCCGUCUUUUUCAUCCAGGAUGCUUUGAAGUUCCCCGAUGUCAUUCACGCCGGUAAGCCCGAGCCUCACAACGAGAUUCCUCAGGCACAAUCAGCACACAACAACUUUUGGGACUUCCAAUACCUGCACCCUGAGACCACCCACAUGCAAUUCUGGACCAUGUCGGAUCGUUCCAUUCCCCGUUCACUCCGUAUGAUGCAGGGGUUUGGUGUCAACACCUUCACACUCAUCAACGACAAGGGUGAGAGAAACUUCGUCAAGUUCCAUUACACGCCUGAGCUCGGUGUUCACAGUCUUGUCUGGGACGAGGCCCUGAAGAUUGCUGGGCAAGAUCCCGAUUUCCACCGCAAGGAUCUCUACACUGCUAUCGAGAGUGGCGCAUACCCCAAAUGGAAAUUCGGUAUCCAGUGCAUCCCCGAAGGCAAGGAGGACGACUUCGACUUCGACAUUCUUGAUGCUACCAAGGUGUGGCCCGAGGAGUUGGUUCCCAUUCGAUACAUUGGUGAGCUUGAGCUCAACCGCAACCCCGACGAAUAUUUCACACAGACUGAGCAGGUCGCAUUUGCCACUGGUCACCUUGUGCCCGGUAUUGGCUUCAGUGAUGACCCUCUCCUUCAAGGCCGUAACUUCUCUUACCAAGACACCCAGCUUAGCCGACUCGGCAUUAACUGGGAGGAGUUGCCCAUCAACAAACCCGUCUGCCCCGUCAUGAACCACAACCGAGACGGCGCUAUGCGGCACACAAUAACCAAGGGCACUGUCAACUACUGGCCCAAUCGUUUUCAGUCUGUGCCUCCUGCCACCAAGGAGGAGGGCGGAUAUGUCGACUUCGAGGAGAAGGUUGUUGGUAUCAAAACCCGUCUCCGCAGUAAGAAGUUCCAGGAGCAUAAGAAUCAGGCCGAGCUUUUCUACAACUCGCUGUCCGAGCCUGAGAAGACUCACAUGAUGAAUGCAUUCGCCUUCGAGCUCGACCACUGCGACGAUCCCAUCGUCUACGAGCGCAUGACCCAGCGUAUUGCAGAGAUAGAUUUCGACCUCGCGAAGUCUGUUGCCGAGAUGGUUGGUGGUGAGCCUCCCAAGGAGUCUAACCGUCCCAAGCACAACAAGAAAGCCAAGGGUCUUUCGCAGCUCGAUUUCGCUCCUGCGAAGCCCACCAUCGCCACUCGCAUGAUUGCCAUCAUGAUCGCAGACGGUUACGACGCCAUCGCCUACAACGGCAUCAAGGCUGCUCUCAUGGCUGCCGGCGCCCUCCCCUUUACCAUCGCGCCCCGCCGUAACAAAAUCUUCGCCGCCGGUGAGGACAAGUCCACCGGCAAGGGCGUUGUUGCCGACCACCACCUCGAGGGCAUGCGCUCGACCAUGUUCGACUCGGUUUUCAUCCCCGGUGGCGCUGAGUCCGUCGCCACGCUCCGCAAGAACGGUCGCGCCAUCCACUGGGUGCGCGAGGCCUUUGGCCAUCUUAAGGCUAUUGGUGCCACCGGCGAGGGCGUCCAAUUUGUCAAGGACGCGUGCGACCUGCCCGGCAUGGAGUUUUCCACUUCCGGCGAGGUUGUCGACAGCUACGGCGUUGUCACUGCUAGCGAGGUCAGCCCACAGAGCUUCAAGGAGGCUAUCCAAAUGGCCAAGGGCGCGAAGGACUUCGUCGACGCGUAUACUUUUGCCAUCUCGCAGCACAAGAACUUUGACCGUGAGACUGCGGGUUUGAACGCUAUGGUUGCGUACUAA